GACACCCAACUGACUCGAAUAAUCUGUUUGGAAUCACUGGGUUGGUUUUUUUUUUUUUUUUAGGAUGAUUGCUCAGGCAAUUUGUUGCUAAUCAAGAGGAUGUCAUGAAACAUGAGUCAGACAGCCUCCAGCUCUCUGGAAGUUCUAGGAUAUAAAGGCAGAGCUUCCCAGCUCAGAAACUGGGAUCGAAGGCCACAGGGAGGCAUUGGUGGUUUUUCCUGACAGAAGACUGAGGUCAGCAUGGCCGGCUUUUCUCUGCUACUGCUUCUGCUCUGCGGAGUGGGGUCUCGCAGCUUCCCCGUGGCUCCAGAAACCCAACAGCAAGAUGCGGAGACAGUCCAGAAAUACCUGGAAAAAUACUACCACUUGGAGAGUGAAGGGAGGCCCGUUGGAAAGAGCAGGCACAGCGGUUCUGCGGUUGCAAAGCUGAAGCAGAUGCAGGAAUUCUUUGGGCUGCGAGCGACGGGGAAGCCAGACGCUGAGACCCUCAGGGUGAUGAAGCAGCCCAGAUGCGGGGUGCCUGACGUGGCUCGCUUCGUCCUCACUCAAGGGAACCCUCGCUGGGAGAAAGCAGAUCUGACUUACAGGAUUGAAAAUUACACUCCAGAUCUGUCCAAAGCAGAGGUGGACCGUGCCAUGGAGAAAGCCUUCCAACUGUGGAGCAACGUGACACCGCUGACGUUCACCAAGCUCGCUGAGGGCCAGGCAGACAUCAUGAUCUCCUUUGUCAGAGGAGAUCAUCGUGACAAUUCUCCCUUUGAUGGAUUUGGAGGAAACCUUGCUCAUGCUUUUCAACCAGGCCCGGGUAUUGGAGGGGACGCUCAUUUCGAUGAAGAUGAAAACUGGACCAACAAUUUCAGAGAUUACAAUUUAUAUCGUGUCGCCGCUCAUGAACUGGGCCACUCCCUUGGACUCUCUCACUCCACGGAUAUCGGGGCUUUGAUGUACCCCAACUACGUCUUCAGCGGAGAUGUUCAGCUAGCUCAGGACGACAUUAAUGGCAUCCAAACCAUAUAUGGACCUUCCAAAAAUCCCACCCAGCCAACAACAGGCUUACAGACCCCAGAAGUGUGUGACAACAAGCUAACCUUCGAUGCUAUAACUACAAUCAGGGGAGAACUGAUGUUCUUCAAAGACAGGUUCUACAUGCGUGCCAAUUCCGCUUACCCAGAAGUCGAGCUCAACUUCAUUUCUGUUUUCUGGCCAAGUCUGCCAAGUGGAAUUGAAGCCGCUUAUGAACUUGCUGAGAGGGAUGAAAUCCGGUUUUUCAAAGGGAGUAAGUUCUGGGCUGUGCAGGGGCAGGACGUGCUCCAGGGAUACCCCAAGGACAUCUACAGCUCUUUCGGCUUCCCCACGACAGUGAAGCAUAUCGAUGCUGCUGUGUCAGAAGAAGACACUGGGAAAACAUACUUCUUCAUUGGGAACAAGUACUGGAGGUAUGAUGAGCACAGACGGUCCAUGGACGCCGGCUAUCCCAAAAUGAUAGCACAUGAGUUUCCUGGAAUUGGCCACAAGAUUGAUGCUGCUUUCAAGAAAAACGGUUUUUUUUAUUUCUUUCAUGGAACAAGGCAAUACAAAUUUGAUCGCAAAACAAAGCGAAUCCUGGCCCUCCAGAAAGCUAACAGCUGGUUCAACUGCAGAAAGAAUUGAAAAGCUGCAUCAGAGUUCAUGGAAAAGGUGUUUUGUGAGCCCAACGAAGAUGUAUUUCCCAAGAGCCAUGUAUUUGUUUUCAGUAUUUUAUUUAACUUCUAGAAGCACAGAUGCACAGAGCUAUUUAUGCUUUAAAGCCCUGCUAUUUAUACUUUAUUCCGCCAAACAUAGGUCAGGUUCCUGGCUUACGGGCCCACAUGACCCAGUGUGGUGAAGAGGACAUGAAUCUGAUGAUCUCAGAUUCAGGAUGAGCCUGAGCCUGGAGUCGAGUUUCCUGGAUAAAUAUGUCAAAAAAGACUCAAGAGACAUGAGCCCACACCAAAGGGAAAAUGUCUCCAGAACACACAAAAAAAUAUUCAAGGAAUGACUCUUCUUAUUUAAAAUAAAGCAUUUGAUAUUUGAAAUAAAGCCAUCCUUGCCUCUGCUGCAUGAUUUCUAUUGCACUUAUCAUAUUGCUGUUGUCUGACGAUAGAGCCACAUUUUAUAGAGAUUAGUUCUCAAAUUUGAA